CGACGGAGACGACGGCGACGAGCUCGGAGGCGGCUUGGAGGCUCGCGUCGCCCGCCGACGCGCUCGAAGGCUUCGAAAGAUCGCCCGGCUCCGUCGCACGCUCCGCGGGGAUGACGCGGAGCGCAUGGGCGGCGCCGCGGCGAGGAACGCGGCGAACACGGGGGCGAACACCCGCGGGGCGCGACGUCUCGCGAAGCUGACCGAGGAGGAGGACGCGCUCGCCGAGCGACUGCUGGAGGAGUUCGCGCGCGAGGAGGGUGGGCGGUCGGGGGUUCGCGGGAUCGACUCGUCCGCUGCUGCAUCCUUGGACGCUGACGUGGACGCUGACGUGGACGCUGACGUGGGCGCUGACGUGGACGCCGACGCGAGAUCCGUCGCGGCGUCGACUCGCUCUUUCGCGUCGUCCGUGAAUACCAACCCGUUCGCGGUGACCCGCGCGAUCGCCGGCGUCGUCCACCCGGGCGCCGGCACCGCCUUCGGCUCGCUCGACGUCGACGCGCACGGCCCGGUGGACGAGGACGCGAGGCGCCUGGCGGAGAUUGAACGCGCGCUGGGCGAGAUUGCGUCGGGGCGAGGGACGGUCGCGAAGACGCAGCCGGCGUCGUCGUCGUCGCCGGCGUCGGCGGUGUCGUCGUCGCCGGCGCCGAGCAGCGCGAGCGCCUUGGCGCGGCGCCUCGGAGCGUCCUCGGUCUCCGGGGGCGGCGGCUGGGACGACGACGGCGAGAAGGAGAACGAUUCGGUCCGAACUUUCCGGGGCGAGUUCGACGGUGAAAAUUACCUC